CAUCGCCGUCGGUGUCAUUAUUAGAUAAAUUCCUUCUUGUCCUCGUCUCUUCGUUUGAGCUCCACUAUCGUCCUCAACACAUGUUUUCAUCAUGCCAUCCCACAUUCAACAACUGCUUCUUCUGGCCUGGUCUGUGCCAGCAUUUCUCUCAGGUCGGAUCAACAGUGUCGCGGCGCACAACCUCGACUAUGUAAAUGGCGAGACCGUACCAAGCAUCGGGAGCUAUCUUACACCAAUAUCAAAGUCGCAACAAAUAAAUUUACCGAGAUCAGAUGAAGAAUCACGCCGGCUGCAAUGCUUUGGGACAAUACAGAACGAGCUUUACGUUACCGACUUCUUACAAAGCAACUUGGAUGUUUUAACAGGACAUUCGACUUGUUGGCUGAACAGAGGUGUCGCCGGUCUAAGAACCUCACUGGAACGAAACCUCACGGCGGCACGUCCUUCGGGCAUGGAGGUUCCGAAAUGCCCCAUCAACAUAACGAGCUCAGGGAACACCUACCUAAUCGACUUCGCCAAGAACACCUAUCAUGUUAAUACCAUUUCAAAAUCUCUCUUGAUAAUACUGACAAGUAUACACGUGGCUGCCAUGACAGUGGCUUUCUUUUUCGUAUACCCUACCAUCCUGAUCUUUUCGACACUAAUCGCUCUUGGCGAACUGAUCGAGCGACCUUUGUUUAAAGCUCGGAUUGAAAAAUGGCAAAAGAUACUUUUCUGCGUCUUCUUCCUCCCUCUCCUGGCCAUUGGAAUGCUAUGCGGGUUGACUGGGAUGGGAUCGUCAGACCAUUUCCGAACAGAACACGGGAUCAUCGGGUUGGUCACAACAGUCUUGGCGACCUUGGCAGUAGGAGUUUACCUUAUCGAGAACAGCCUCAGACCAAGGCUUUCGAUAAGCAGGAGAUGGCGCCGGGUACAUAAGAUGGUCAACUACGCCGAUAUCUUCAUUUGCCAGACUGUUCUCCUCCUAUCUGGCUUUGCUCUACCCGACGGUAUCGACGACUUCCAAGUUAUGAGUCUUUGCGGGACAAGAAGCAUAUCCACAUCGUUGUCGUUCUCGGUGGGCAUGAUGGUAGCUUUUAUAUGGAACAGUGCUAUGGCCGCCAUGACUCUUCAGUGGUGGCUUGUUCGCAGGGCAAGUGAAGACAAGCCUCCGGGCAAGAUGUGGCUAUUAAUAUCACGCGUCUUUCGGCGGAACUCUGACAGCUGCGAAGAAGACGGGUAGGAGGGUGAAAGGCUGAAAGCUCAUCAAAGCCGAUUGAAAGGGGAAAUUAUGAGAACGCGCUGAUGUAUGUUGUCAAGUACUAUUCUGCUAUUACUCUGGACUCGCAGGCCAGUCCCAACUUCAAGUCAGUUGAACCACUGGCAGUCUGC